GAUGUGCUCUCUUCCACUCCUCAUUACGCAACGCAGACAGUAGUCCUAUUUGUUUCUAUAACAUUGUAUUACUUUUUUUUAUUUUUUAUUUUGAAGUAUAAAGAUUAUAAUACAUAGAAUACAUUUGUGGAGUCUUUAAGAACAGAAUAUCCAAGUGAUAAAAAUUGUUUAGCGCGAAAAGAGACUUUACCACAAGCUUGUUGAAGAGACAACUGUCUAACUAUCCAAUGGAGUGCCUGUAAUCCUCCUCAACUCCGUUUCAGCAUUUACCGAGAAUCUCUCUUUCUGUCAGGCUUUUUGUUCCCCUCUCUUUUUAUUACCGCAUUCUCGAGAUGCGGGUGUUCUUAUUCGCUGCGACGGUAUUUUUCGCGCACAAGCUCACCGGGUCCGGAGCCGGCGCCGAGUCCAGCUCCAAAAAGUGUUCCUCCCAGUGCGACGUGAGCGCGUGUCCUAGUCCGACCUGCCCCAGCGGGUAUGUCCCAGACCGGUGCAACUGUUGCCUGGUGUGUUCCCGGGGCGAGGAUGAACUCUGUGGCCGGAGAAACGACCUGCCGUGUGGGGAAGGCUUAGAGUGUAGGUCCCCUAACGCUCCUAACAAAGGCCGGCCGGGGAAGCGGAGCUCCAAACCGAGGCUGUGUCAGUGUAAGAUGGUGUAUAAGGUGUGUGGUAGCGACGGGAAGACGUACGGGAACGUGUGUCGGAUGAAGGCUGCCAGCCGGAAAGCUCUUCAGAAGGAAAGGGAGGCCAUCACCCAGGCACACAAGGGACCCUGUCCAUCAGGUUCUGCUCCUGGCCAUCCCAACAGCCCCAGAUACAAGUUCAACUUCAUAGCUGACGUGGUGGAAAAGAUGGCUCCUGCUGUGGUUCACAUAGAGCUCUUCCUCAGACAUCCUCUAUUUGGUCGUCAUGUCCCUCUGUCUAGUGGUUCUGGGUUCAUCAUCAGCCACUCCGGACUCAUCGUAACCAACGCUCACGUGGUAACCGCUGCUGCCACGGUAACGGGCCGACCGCAGCUCCGCGUGCAGCUCCAUGACGGGGGAGCGUCCGAGGCCACGGUCCGGGACGCGACAGUCGGAUAUCGCCACCAUCAAAGUCAACCCUCAGGAGAUAAGGAGGAAGUAGACAGGAAGUCGGAUAUCGCCACCAUCAAAGUCAACCCUCAGAAGAAGCUUCCUGUUCUGUCUCUGGGUCGGUCAUCUGAUCUGAGACCAGGGGAGUUUGUGGUUGCCAUCGGCAGCCCCUUCGCCCUCCAGAACACCGUUACCACGGGGAUUGUGAGCACGGCCCAGAGAGAUGGGAAGGAGCUGGGCAUCAGAGACUCAGACAUAGACUACAUUCAGACUGACGCUAUCAUCAAUUAUGGCAAUUCAGGAGGACCUCUGGUUAACUUGCAUGAAGGACGACGGGAGGUGAUAGGUAUCAAUACCCUCAAGGUGACAGCAGGAAUCUCCUUCGCCAUUCCUUCAGACCGGAUCAGACGCUUUCUCACUGAGUCACAGCACAACAAACACAGUGCAGGUAACCACAGAAUGCUGAGUGGUCAUUACCGUAUUCCAGAGCCCCAGUCAGAUGCAGUAACGACAGGAGUGAAGAAGAAGCGUCUGAUUGGCAUUAAGAUGCUAACUGUCACAGAUGGGUAA